UGUGAAACUAGCUUGCAGUGGUACUCAAAGCCGAUUUGAAUUAACACCGGAAAAAUGGCAGAGAACGACGUUGACAAUGAGCUGUUGGACUAUGAAGAGGAUGAGGAGCCUCAGGUUGCCUUGGAGACCGCCACACCUGCGGGCAAGAAGGAGGUAAAGGGCUCUUACGUCUCCAUCCACAGCUCCGGCUUCCGAGACUUCCUGCUCAAACCAGAGCUGCUCCGCGCCAUUGUUGACUGUGGCUUUGAACAUCCCUCUGAAGUCCAACACGAGUGCAUCCCACAGGCCAUCCUGGGCAUGGACAUCCUGUGCCAGGCCAAGUCUGGUAUGGGCAAGACGGCUGUGUUUGUACUGGCCACCCUGCAGCAGAUUGAGCCUGUGGACGGGCAGGUGUCUGUGCUGGUGAUGUGCCACACACGAGAGCUGGCCUUCCAGAUCAGCAAAGAGUAUGAGCGCUUCUCCAAGUACAUGCCCACCGUCAAGGCAGCCGUGUUCUUCGGGGGCCUGUCCAUCAAGAAGGACGAGGACGUGCUGAAGAAGAAUUGCCCCCACAUUGUGGUGGGAACACCCGGCCGCAUCCUGGCCCUCAUCCGCAACAAGACCCUCAACCUGAAGAACGUGAAGCACUUUGUCCUGGACGAGUGUGACAAGAUGCUGGAGCAGCUGGACAUGAGGCGUGAUGUUCAGGACAUCUUCAGGCUCACACCCCACGAGAAGCAGUGCAUGAUGUUCAGCGCCACCCUAAGCAAAGAGAUCCGCCCUGUCUGCCGCAAGUUCAUGCAGGAUCCCAUGGAGGUGUUUGUGGACGAUGAGACCAAGCUGACGCUGCACGGCCUGCAGCAGUACUACUGCAAGCUGAAGGAUAGCGAGAAGAACCGCAAGCUCUUCGACCUGCUCGACGUGCUCGAGUUCAACCAGGUGGUGAUCUUCGUGAAGUCUGUGCAGCGCUGUGUGGCUCUGUCUCAGCUGCUGGUGGAGCAGAACUUCCCUGCAAUCGCCAUCCAUAGGGGCAUGGCUCAGGAGGAGAGGCUUUCCCGGUACCAGCAGUUCAAGGACUUCCAGAGGCGGAUCCUGGUGGCCACCAACCUGUUUGGCCGAGGGAUGGACAUUGAGCGCGUCAACAUCGUCUUCAACUACGACAUGCCCGAGGAUUCCGACACCUACCUGCACAGAGUGGCCCGUGCCGGCAGGUUCGGGACGAAAGGUCUGGCCGUGACCUUUGUGUCCGACGAGACUGACGCUAAGACCCUGAACGAUGUGCAGGACCGCUUUGAGGUCAACGUGGCAGAGCUCCCAGAAGAGAUUGACAUCUCCACCUACAUUGAACAGUCCAGAUGAAAGUCGCCCCCUGACCAGUGAAGACGACAUGUCCGUGCCCCUCUGUCCCGGUCUUUUUUGGAGAGGGAGAAUAAAAUAAUCAUUUUUUAUUUCUUUUUUUAAAUGCCUCUCCCUGAUCUCCCAGUUCAUUAAGCAUCACUUUUUAUUUGAUUUUUAUCCUAUCCUCCCAAGGCUGCAGUUUUAAUGUUAUUUUCCCUGUUAAUGGUGGUUGUUUCUAUUUUUGCUUAAUGAAAUCAUUGACAUUAAAAUGUUUUAUACAAUGUUA